GAUUUGUAAUCCUUACAUUUAGUGUCUUUAGUUUCAGUUCUUUCAAUUCAUAGCUAUUAAAGAAAUUUAAAUGUAGUUUAAAAAAAUAUUCAAUAUUAUAUCAUGCAUUAAAUAGAUAUCGAAAUUUGUAGUUAUUUGUGUUAUAUAAAGGGUUGUUUAAAAACCAGAAAAUUCGAUUUUUUAUCAUGGAACAUUCUUGUGCAGAUUAUAAGCAGAGAGUAACAGCAAUUGCAGAGUAUGAUUAUUGGGCAAAAGAAGAUGAUGAAAUUGAUCUUCUCAAAGGCCAAGAAUUAAAAAACAUUACUCAGAAACCUGGUGGGUGGUGGGAAGGGACAAUUUGUUCGACUGGAAAACGGGGAAUGUUCCCAGAUAAUUUUGUUCGUGUAAUUGAAAACUUUGACAAUAAUAUGGUUGUUUUAAGGGAAAAAUCAUUGACAGUCCAACGAAGAUGUAAAGCCAUUUAUAGCUAUACACAGGUUAACGAAGACGAGCUAUCUUUGGCUGUUGGAGAUGUUAUUGACUUCUUAACAGAGGUGGAAGAGGGUUGGUGGAGAGGAAGGUUAAAUAAUAAAGUUGGAGUUUUUCCAUCAAAUUUUGUUGUGGUAUUACCAUCUACGCCUAUUGACGUAAACCAAGGACCAAAUUCAAACCAAGAUUCAAAUAUUUCUCAGCCGAAAAGGAUAAAGAGCUCCAACAUAACUAAACGCCAUCAGAUUUCUUGUGAUGAAAAUGCACUAGAAGGUAGAACAAUAGAUAUAUCCGUAAAUAAAUCGACGGAUGAAAACUUAGUUCCAGAAAUUCCUCCAAAACCUAUUAAAGAAUACUGCCGUGUGGAAUUUCCUUAUAGCCCAGAGAAUGACGAUGAACUUGUUUUGGUCAUUGGCCAAAUUAUAACAAUAGUUGACAAAGAUUUACCGGACAAGGGUUGGUGGAAAGGUGAAAUCAAUGGGAAAGUUGGUGUUUUUCCUGAUAAUUUCGUGAAACUGCUUCCGAAUGGUGUUACUCUGGAGAAAGACACUAAAACGCCACAAACAAAACAAUCUUCAAAUGAAACUUUAAAAAAAAACGGUGAAUUUCCUUCCUCUUCUAAAGGACUUAAAGCAAGUUGUUUGCAUGAAGAACUUUUAAUCAGACCAAACCUAGAGGGUGAGGGUAUUUCCGCUCAAAGAAUGUCCUUAGAUAGUUUAACCUUUGCAAACUUAACAAAUUCCUCAUCAAGUGAUCGAAAAAAUGAGAAUUUUGAAUUAAAAGCAGAAGAAGACAAAAGAAGGGGUUAUUCUGAUGAAAAAAAGGCGCCACCUCCUCAUCCUAAUAAAAAAGCAACAAUUAUCGUCAAAAAAUCCAUAGCAAAUGUUACUGGCUUAAGACACAAAAUUAAGAACGCAGACCAUAAGACAACAUUCCAUCAAGAUUCCAAUGAUAGUAGCCAGAGCAUCGAAUUCAGUUAUGAAACUAAAAGCAAAGAGGAAAAAACAGCUAGUUUCGAUGAAAUUCAUGGUAAUAAUAGUGAGUUCGAUAAAGUACAGCGAACAUCAAUUCUUUCUGAUAUUAGAGCAAGGCGCGUAAAAGCUCCAAAACGAAGACCACCUUCAUCAUCUACUAACUUAACGCCACUGAAUUCUGUGACUGUGAACUUAAUUAAUGACAAAAAUGUGGGUUUCAAUGAAUUAGAGAAUAAUGAGACUGCAUCAUUUAUUGUGGAACAAAUAAAAACUACAAAUUUAGAUUGGGAGGUGCAAAAACUUCCAUGGAUAGAAGAAUUAAAAGCCAGUCAAAUAAAAACGAAAAGUUUACCUUUUAUUGAACCCAGAACAACACUUGUAAAGUUAAACAACGAAGUUAAUACAGCUGUCCAAAGUCCUAGCAAUGUAAGCUCAAAAGCAUUAAAAGCAGAGAUCGAUGGAUCGCUAUUUAAAGAAAAUGGUAUAGUUAAAUCUUCAUCUUUAUUACAAUUGUGGGAGGACCUAAACAUUGAAAGCGAAGCUGACAUUAAAAAAACUGGAUCAGAUAUAACAAUAAAUGAUGAAUUAUUAAGAGACCAGUUUAAAGACAUUGAACACAAAAAUUCACAUUCUAAAAUGAAUGAGAUGCGAUUUGAAAUGGAGAAAACCAAAUCACCAUCGUCUAAUAAUACUCAAGAAAAAACUAUAAUUGAGCUGGAAAAACGUGUUCAAAGAUUAGAAGUUAAUGUACAAAUGCAAAAAACGUUGAUUGAAGAUCUUGUAAGAAUGUUGCAACACGAAUCUAAUCGAGUACAGUUACUAAAAAAUCAAUUAGAUGAAUGUGUCACAAAAGUAGAAUGUAGUAACAAAAAUAUGUAACAUUAGAAAAAAAACUUCCUUCUAUGUUCAAAUUCUUUUAUUGAAAAAUGUAUAGGUAUCAUCUCAAAGCAUUUCGAUAAAUCUGUUUCUUUACUACUUGAGAUAUUCUUUUAAAAAUUCGUUAGUUUUUUACUUAAACUGGUUUUAACAAAUUGGAGGAUUAUAUAUUUACUAAACAUAUACUACAGAUUUUUAGAAUAUGUUUUUUUCUUUUUAUUGUUUUAUUUCCAACACUAAAUUUAUUCCAAUAAAAAUAAAUCUAGAAAUUUAAAAUGA